AUGACUCCUCUCUCUAAUUACACUCCCCUUUCUCACUCCUCCCUUCUUAUUUUUCUGUCUUAUUCCUCUCUCACACACACUUUCCUCUCCCUCUCUUUAUUUUUAGCAUCUUGGGUCGUAUUUAAGAAUGGCAGUCUCUCGUAUACUUUCUUCGAACUAAUUUUGAAGCUUGUCUUUCUGUUAAACAAUGGGCUUUUCUUCUUUUUCUUUUCUGGUUCAACCUCUGGCUGUUGGCCAAAUGCCACUUCGAACUUGAAGGGGACUUUAUGCACUGUCUGCUUCCAGGGUUAUCAUUCAAAGGCUACAUCAAUCACUGUGUCUGAGUUUAUACGUAGGAUCCUCGAUUAUCUAAUACAGGGAUCUCUGUACGAUUCUGCUCUUUUUGCUAUUCCUUUUUUUAAAAAUAUUUUUGCCAUUCUUUCAUUCAACGUCUUUUUUUUCUUUUUUUUUCUUUAUUUCUUAUGCACGUUUUCUAUUAAUUUUCUUUUUCUUUCACAUAUUGUCUUACGUGUUUGCUUGCUUUCUUUCUUUUUCAUACCCACGUUUUUAUGUUUUCCGUUCACUUUCUUUCAUUUACUGAGCCUUUAUUUGUUUUUUCUUCACAUAUUUUUUCUUUGUCUAUUUCUUCAUUUCUUUCUUUAUUGA